CCGCAGGCACCAGUAACUCGACAUCGCAUCCAAGCAGCCAGUCAUUUUUCUGUACAACAACUACCCCGCACUGUACACCCUCACAUCCUCAACAUAGGUCGGAAACAUAAGGCGCACCGCCAGCAGGCCGAACAGAACAAGCCCUGGCGCGACUCUGAGAAAGGUCGCAAAAGCAAAAGCAAGAAGGGUAAAGGAAGAGAUCGACAAUUCAAGAUGGGGAACGAGGAAUCUACAAUGGUGGGGAGUGAUUCGCCGACACAAACCCUCGAGGCGCGUACUUUGGAGGCUCUCGCACAGUACAUCACCGAGGGGCGGGCGCGCAAGAUCGUUGUCAUGGUAGGGGCAGGUAUCAGCACCUCUGCGGGCAUACCAGACUUCCGGUCGCCAGAGACAGGCUUGUAUGCGAAUCUAGAGCGCCUCAAUCUACCCCACGCUGAAGCAGUCUUUGAGAUAUCCUACUUUCGCGAGAACCCUCUGCCGUUUUAUACCCUGGCACAAGAGUUAUAUCCAGGGAAAUUUCGACCGACAAUCACGCACUCUUUUGUCACGCUGCUGCAUAAGAAGGGCCUGUUGCUCAAGCUUUUUAGCCAGAAUAUCGAUUGUCUGGAGCGCGAGGCUGGGUUGCCGGAUGAGAUGAUCAUUGAGGCGCAUGGCAGCUUCGCCAAGCAAAGCUGCAUAGACUGCAAGAAACCUUACCCAAAAGACCUAAUGCAAACCGCAAUCCAGAAGAAAAGUGUGCCACGCUGUCUCGACCUCGCCUGCAACGGUCUCGUCAAGCCCGAGAUUGUCUUCUUUGGCGAACAACUCCCUGCCGAAUUCUUCGCAAACCGAGACCUCCCCUCAGAAGCCGAUCUCUGCAUAGUAAUGGGCACGUCAUUGUCGGUCCAACCCUUCGCCUCGCUGCCAAGCUGCUGCGAAGGACCCACCCCGCGACUCCUCAUAAAUCAAGAACGAGUGGGUGACCUAGGGCACCGCGCAGACGACGUGCUGCUCCUGGAGGACUGCGAUAGUGGCGUGAGGAAACUCGCUGAGGCGUGCGGGUGGUUGGAAGAGCUUGAAGCACUGUGGGCGGAGACGGCGCGGGAGGGCGAUAUUACACCCACGCCCGAGACGGUCAAGAAGAGUAGAGAUGAGAAGCUGCAGGAUAAGGUCGAUAAGCUUACGAGCGAAGUCGAACGAAAUCUGAAGUUGAGCCAAGAACAGCAUUCUUGGCUGGAUAAGCAUCUUGAUAAAAAGAUUGCGCGGAAAGAGGAGGAAGAUGAGAAGGAGGUUGAAUCUUCGAAUACGCAACCAACGGAUGAUGCUAAGACGCUGAAAUUGGCGCCUGUGGCGAGUGCGGACGCGGAUGCGACGGAGAAGAAAUCAGUUGGAGAACUCGGGCAUGUCUUUCCUCACUUGACGAAGGAGCCUGCGAAGAAGGUGGACUCUGAGCUGUGAUGACUCUCUAUCGUGCAGUUGUUGAGGUUCUAGGUUUCGUGAGUUCAGAAAAAGAUAGAUACCAGAUCACGGCGUGACGAAUACGAGUUCUUGCUACUGU